AUUAUUUAGAAAAUAUAAAGGAAAUAAAAUGAUGGAAAUUAAGAACUAAAAAUUUACGAAAACCAAAAAAUAAAAAAACAGGAAAAGAAUAAAGAGAUAAAUAAAAAAAAAUGUCAGAAGCUCCAGGAGAGGAAAUUUCCGGAGCUGUUGCAAGAUUACAUCAUUUAAGAUUGGAAGUGGAAAAUGAAACGUCGACAGAUUCACCGCACAAUAUGCAACCGCCUGGAAAUAUUAUGAUUUCAAGAGCAAGACGUGCGCUUACAUUUUCAAUCGAUGAAGAACAAGGACCUUCAUUGGCAUCAAGACAUGGCGAGGCAUCGUCAUCAAAUGCUGAGGAACGACCGCCUCGGAACACACUGAACGCCCAAUCGGAAUCAAGAGCACAAAAUGCCGUCGUCGAGAAUGGAAUAAUAACAAUUCAACGACCGCCAGCCACGUACAAUUGGCAAGGAACAAAGGCAACGAUGCGCGAGAGAUUUGCAUUUCUCUUUAAUAACGAAAUAUUGUCGGACGUACGUUUCCUCGUUGGACGUGGUGCACAACAACAAUCGAUACCCGCACAUAAAUUGGUAUUAUCAUCGGGCAGCGCCGUAUUCGAUGCAAUGUUCAAUGGAACAUUGGCAACGGCUUCGGUGGAAAUUGAAGUGCCCGACGUUGAGCCCGCCACAUUUCUUGCCGUUCUUCUAUUCCUCUACACGGACGAAAUACAAAUUGAUCCUGAGAAUGUGAUGACAACUCUUUAUACGGCGAAAAAAUAUGCCGUCUCACCGCUCGAGAAGCAUUGCGUUGAUUUUUUACGCAAUAAUUUAACGACUGAUAAUGCAUUUUUACUGUUGGCGCAAGCGAGAUUGUUCGAUGAGCCACAAUUGGCGGCUGUUUGUUUGGAUAUUAUUGAUAAAUCGACGAACGACGCGUUAAAUGCCGAUGGAUUCACGGAUAUUGAUAUUGAGACGCUUAUUGUUGUUCUUGAGAGGGACACGUUGAGAGUUAGAGAGUCGAAGAUUUUUCAGGCGGUCGGCAGAUGGUCAGAGGCGGAAUGUGUGAGGCAACAACUUCCUGUGACUCCGGAUAAUCAACGAUCAGUAUUAGGACGAGCUCUCUCCUUGGUUAGAUUUCCUCUGAUGUCAAUGGAGGAAUUCGCCAGUGGUCCAGCUCAAUCUGGACUCUUAACUGACAAGGAGGUUGUUUCCUUAUUUUUGUACUUCAUUCUGAAUCCAAAACCACGAGUUGGAUUUGAAGCGAUGCCCCGUUGUCGAAUGAUGGGCAAGGAACAAACUGUCUGUCGUUUUCAACAAACCGAAGUUAAAUGGGGUUACAAAGGAAUAAGCGACAGAAUCAGAUUUUCGGUGGAUAGAAAAAUUUUCCUAGUCGGCUAUGGAGUCUAUGGGAGUUUCAACGAUCCAGCCGAAUACGAUGUGAUUAUUGAAUUAAUUCACACGGCUUCGGGGAAAAUUAUUGCAUCAAAUUCAACUAGUUUCAGCUGCGAUGGCUCGAAUUACACUUAUCGUCUUAUGUUCAAGGAACCAAUUGAAAUUUUGCCAAAUACAGUUUACACGGCUUCUGCCAAAUUCGACGGUCCGGAUUCGCAUUAUGGAAUAAAGGGUCUUCGGAAAGUAACCGUCGACUGUGACUCGGGACAGAAGAAAGUGAAAUUUCAAUUUAAUUUCGAGGCAUGCGGCAAUAAUGGCACAUGCGUUGAAAGUGGACAAAUUCCCGAAUUAAUAUUCUAUACAUUGUAACAAAUGGAUCUUAAAAUUAUCAUAUUCCCGAGAAUUAAUUUUUCCGAUACAUUUCUCUUUUCAAUUCUCGUGAAAUUGAUAAUUUUCGUUUUACAAAAAGAUCUCGAUUUCUCUUUAUCAUCGUCGUCAUCAUCAUUAUUAUCAUCAUCAUCAUGCAAAGAGGUAAAAAGUUUACUAAGAAAAUUACUAUUGAAUUUAUACAAUAUCUCGGAUAUUUUUUCCGAUUUUUUUAAAUGAAGAGUAUUUCUCGAUUUUUUUCUGUGAUAGAAACAAUUAUUUAUUUUUUUUUUGUUCGAAACCAGUGAUGAUAUUUAAGGUAUUUUCUUUUGGA